GUUUCUGCUUCACUUUCUUCCGGAUAAUGGCACUUUUAGUUAAGGUAAAAUAAUGCUAUAUUUUUCAAACUUAUUAACAUCAUAACAAAAAUUUUAUACUCAUAAAAGAACUGGGUAACAUCUCGUUUGUCUGUUUAAAUAAGAUGUAAUAUCACUUAUAAAACGGAGGUUAUGAUUUCUGUGACUGUCCGAGUUAAAAGAACGAUAAUUAAAGCAAGCAAAGCUUACCUCGGAGCCAUAAUUAGUGUCAUUCAAAUACGAUGUCUUCGUUGGGAACAGGGGAAAAAAUACAAAACUUUGAGCAGAUCGUCACACGCUUUAAACAGGGCUGGUUAUGAUAGAUAUGCUGCAAAGUAUCACUUGUGCUCGUAACGUGUCACCACUGGAGUUUCUUCCGUUAACCUUGAGGGUGCACCCUUGUUUACUGCUACAACGAGAACAGUAUGCAGUUUGUUGAAACACGAGAAUAUCGUAAAUCAAGAAAAUGAAGAUAAAACAAGAGUUAGAAACAGAACAUUCGGACUGUACAACUGAACGAAACGAAAAGAAAUUUGAAAUUGAUUUAAAGAAUUUCAAGAAAGAAUUUAAUACGAAUGUAAAGUGUUAUAAAACAAUUAAAUCCGAACCUUUAGAGAUAAAUACUUAUGAAAAUUUAAUAUCAGAAAAUAACACAAACGGUUUUAAUAUCUGGAGUAAUAGUGAAAUAGAUUGUAAGAAAGAGGAAAUAAAAGAGGAGGAAUGUGAUAUUAAACACGGCAUAAAAUCAGAAUGUAAAGUUGUUUUGAAAAAAUUAAAGUUUGAAGUAAAAACUGAAGAUUGUAAACGAGUUCAUCUCCCAUAUAAAUACGAAGAUUUAAAGCUUAUAAAGAACGAAUUCAUCAUUUCCGACAGAAAUUCUAACAAGAAUCAAACGAACGUAAAAAUUAAGGAGGAAGAAGAGAGUGAAGAAUACGAUAUUCAGCACGAUUCAGAAAGACAAAACGAUAAUAAGUGUAAUGUAAACAAGUCGAAAUUCGUCCCUUCAAUUAGAAAAUACAACAACAAAAUCCAAGGAAAGAUAAAGAGAAAAUACCUCAGAGUAACUCUUUCAUGUCACUCGAAACAAAAUCACAAAUGUGAUUUAUGUAAACAGACUUUUGUAAACAAGGAAAUACUACAAGCGCAUUUGAACUUUCAUAUCGGAAAAAAACCAUUUAGCUGCACAACUUGCGAUCAGAAAUUUUCUUGGCAAUUUCUAUUGAAAAGACACAUGAUGAAACACAUCACCGAAAAACAAAGGAAAAUGGAUCGUAUAAAAGUUCGUUCGCUGUCAUUAUCAAAAAAUCAGAAACCCUUUCGAUGUGACAUUUCCGAUAAGCUACUUAAUAAAAAGGGCCAAUUAGAAAGGCAUAACAGAACACUACAACCAGUAUCUCAUUCUUGUAAGAUAUGUAAAAAAGAAUUUAAAACGAAAUCGAUAUUAAGACACCACCAACUUACCCAUAGUGAAGAUCGACCUUUCAAAUGCGAUAUAUGUGAUAAGGGCUUUAAAACGAAAUACCAUUUAAAAAGGCAUCGUGAAACUCACAGUGAUGAAUGUAAGUAUUCUUGUCAGGUGUGUAACAAAAGUUUUAAAACAAAAUGCUCUUUGAGAAAUCAUAUAAUCAUUCAUAAUAAAGAUUUAAAUCAUUCUUGUCAGAUAUGUAACAAAAGGUUUAAAUCAGAAGUGCAUUUAAGAGCGCACGUUGCUAUACAUACCGAUGAACGCAAGUACUGUUGCCAGAUAUGUAACAAGAAUUUUAAAACAAAACGCAAUUUGAAACAACAUAAAAGAACUCACGAAGAUAGAAGUGAUAAGUAUUUUUGUGACGUAUGUAAAACAAGUUUUAAAUGCAAAAGUAGUGUUGACAGACAUCGCUUUGUUGAACAUCAAAAUAUGUUUUUUUGCUCUUAUUGUAGUAAGUCAUUCAAAACCAAAAAUUCGCUGAAAGUUCAUUCAAAAAACCAUAUUCAAAAAUGUAAUAUCUGUAAAAAGAAGUUUUCGAGUAAACACUCUUUAAACCAUCAUCAGAAAAUUCAUUUUGACAUAAAACCGUUUGUUUGUGAGGUGUGUAACAGACGUUUUGUAUCAAAUUCUGAGUUGAAACGUCACCAAAGUUCUCACAAUAAAGACAAUCUUCCUUACGUUUGUGAGGUAUGUAAGAAGGGAUUUUACACUAAAUCUCACUUGUUUAGGCACCGACCCGUUCAUAAAAAAGAGGAGCAUCUUUGCAUCCAUUGUAAAGGCAGAUUUAAAACAGAAAUUAAAUUGAAACUGCAUUUACAGUUUUCUUGUUCAGAAAUACAUCCCAAACGAUUACCUUACCAAUGUAAUGUCUGUAAACGGACUUUACGUAAAUAGUUUUGCUUUGGAGGAACAUCUACUCACUUACAAGGAUCAAAUACACUUCUGUUGCGACGUUUGUAAGAGGAAAUUUACGUCAAAAGUCGAAUUCGAAACUCAUCAAAAGACUGCUCAUCCGCCAGGAGGAAAGUAUAAAUGCGAAAUUUGCAAUAAGACUUUUGGGAGAGAGAUUAGUUUAAAUAGACAUAUGAAAAUAAAUAUCGAUUCAGGCGUUAAAAAAUGUGAUGUUUGUGAUAAGAAAUUCUGUUCGCUUUUUAAAUUAAAACUUCACCUGCAAAGCCACCUUUCAGAAUAAAAUAUCUUGCGUUAAAUACGUACUUUUUAUACGAAUAUACUAAAUAUAUUAUACUGGACAAUAAAUAGAAAUGUUUAGAUUUUACUGAUUACUUCUAUCGGUGUUAUUUCGUUGAAAUAAUUGCCUGCAAUUAAAAAAAAACACCGUUGAUUUCUAUAUUUCCACUGUUAUCGUUCUGUGUGUCUAUAUUUGCUUAAUCUCGAAAACAGAAUAAGACGGAAGAACAUCGUGACAAGGUAUGGAAGAAUUUGGACAAGAGGCUUACAUUAACGUUAUUUCAAUUAAAAAUUUCUU